UUUGUUUUGUCUGUGGUUAUUAAAACAAUUAUUUUACUGAAGAUUUCUUAACAUUACGUGAGCCGAAAUUACUUUGUUUUCUAUUUCUUUAAUACUAUAUAUGUGCUAAGUAGAGAUUAACUUAUUAAGCAGUCUAUUCAGAACAAAUGGCGGCCCAGCUCUUUAACCGAAUUGGACAACUUGGUCUUGGCGUAGCUGUUGUCGGCGGUGUUGUCAAUUCUGCGCUAUACAAUGUUGAUGGUGGCCACCGAGCUGUAAUCUUCGAUAGGUUUGCUGGUGUCAAAAACCUUGUUGUGGGUGAAGGUACACAUUUCUUCAUCCCAUGGGUGCAGAAACCUAUUAUCUUUGACAUUAGAUCGAGACCCAGAAAUGUUCCUACUGUGACAGGAAGUAAAGAUCUUCAAAAUGUCAACAUCACACUGCGUAUCCUGUUCAGACCAGUGCCUGACCAGCUGCCAAAGAUCUACACGAUUCUCGGCAUAGACUAUGAGGAGAGGGUGCUUCCUUCUAUCACUUCUGAAGUUCUUAAAGCUGUGGUGGCACAGUUUGAUGCUGGAGAACUUAUUACACAGAGAGAGAUUGUAUCACAAAAAGUUAAUGAAAGUCUCACUGAAAGAGCAUCACAGUUUGGUCUGAUUUUGGAUGACAUCUCGAUCACACAUUUGACAUUUGGCAAGGAGUUCACUCAGGCUGUUGAAUUGAAACAAGUAGCGCAACAAGAGGCUGAAAAGGCUCGAUUCCUUGUAGAAAAGGCAGAGCAACAGAAGAAAGCGGCCGUCAUAGCGGCCGAGGGUGACGCUCAGGCUGCCAUACUCCUUGCCAAGUCCUUUGGUAGUGCAGGAGAAGGUCUGGUGGAACUCAGACGUAUUGAAGCUGCAGAAGAUAUUGCUUACCAACUAGCAAAAUCGCGAAAUGUGACCUACCUACCUCAAGGACAAAAUGUACUCCUAAACCUUCCUACACAGAACUAAACCAUUGCUGCUGUCAAGAGAUUUCGGUACAAGUCAGGAUGUGGUACUGUGCUUUAUUGCAUUUCAGUUAAUUCAUGAUAAGUGUUGCAUUUUAAGGACUCAAAAAGGUGUGGUUCCGCCGAUAGACUGUAGUCAUUAUUAGUUUUAUGGAUUAUUGUAAUUACGGAUGAAUAUGAAAUAUAAUUUGUUGAAAUAUA